AUGUGGACAAAUCCAAGGGACAGGCACGGGGACUGUAAUGACUCCGAAUCCAGCGAGGAGAAGAAGAUCUUAGUCAACAUCGGUGGGGUGAAACAGGUCCUUUCUUCGUAUUUACUAAGCCGUUAUCCAGAGACUCGACUGGCAGAGCUGGCUAGCUGCUCUUCCAAGAGUUUGGACUACAUUUCCUGUCUUUGCGAUGACUACGACCCUGUUAAUGGGGAAUUUUAUUUUGACAGAGAUCCAGAGACCUUUAAAUGCAUCGUUGAUGUCUAUUAUAAUGGGGAGAUACAUAUGAAGCAUGGAGCCUGUCCUAUUUGUUUCAAGAAGGAGCUGGAAUUCUGGAGAGUGGACCCGGAGUACCUGGAUGAAUGCUGUAAGACCCACUUGAAUGAAAUGGAAGAUGAGCUGGCUGAAAUUGCUGCUAAAGUGAAGCUGAUUCUUGAUGACCUGAAUAGUGAUCCUUCGCUUAGCCGCUGGCAAAAGUCGAAAAUUUUCCUCUGGAAACUUAUGGAGAAGCCAGAAUCCUCGCUCCAAGCAAGGGUCAUAGCCAUCCUGUCUUUUCUCUUCAUCCUCAUCUCCUCAGUGGUGAUGUGUAUGGGCACCAUUCCAGAACUACAGGUGGAGGACGCUGAAGGGAACCCUGUGGAGCACCCAACGCUGGAAGUCAUUGAGACCGCCUGCAUCUGCUGGUUCACAGUGGAAUACCUGCUGCGUCUGAUUUCGUCUCCCAACAAACUGCACUUUGUCCUUUCCUUCAUGAAUAUAAUUGACUUCAUGGCCAUCAUUCCCUUCUACGUGGUGCUGACCUUGACCAGCCUCGGUACAGCCAUGAUGGAACUUGCCAAUGUGCAGCAAGCAGUUCAAGCACUGCGAAUCAUGCGCAUAGCCCGCAUCUUCAAGUUGGCUCGCCACUCUUCUGGACUGCAGACCCUCACUUACGCACUGAAGCGCAGUUUCAAGGAGCUUGGACUACUACUCCUAUACAUGGGCAUAGGCAUCUUUGUGUUUUCAGCACUGGGUUACACCAUGGAGCAGAGUCACCCAGAGAAUAUGUUCAGCAGUAUCCCCCAGUCCUUUUGGUGGGCCAUCAUUACAAUGACAACAGUGGGCUACGGAGACAUUUACCCUAAAACCACUCUAGGCCGAUGCAACGCUGCCAUCAGCUUCCUCUGUGGCGUGAUCGCAAUUGCGCUGCCAAUCCACCCCAUCAUCAACAAUUUUGUGAUCUUUUACAACAAACAGAAAGUCCUUGAGACUGCUGCCAAGCAUGAGCUAGAGCUGUUGGCGCUGCAAGCGAAUGAGGACGCCUUAAAAAAGUCAUCUCGGAAAGUGCACAAGACCGGCGGAGUGCUAGCAGUGUGGGACGGCCCCAUGCGUGCCUCCAACAGUGACACUCACCUACUGCUCCAGGAAGAGCCUGCGCAGGGAACCCCACUCCGGAACAGCGUGGAUAGUUCCACACAGCUCUAA